CCCGCCGCCCGGCCUGAGGCGGCCGCGGAGGGGAGAAAGGCCCGGCGCCGCCGCCAUCGCCCGCACACCGCGCCCGUCACCUCCAGGACCCGCCCCCCGGACCCCGGAGGGACCGGCGCUCCCCCAUGGACUACGAGGAAGGAAUGGAUCGUGACUAUGGCCAUGGAUCCUAUGGAGGAAUGGAUCGUGACUAUGGCCAUGGAUCCUAUGGGGGUCCAAGAUCCAUGGACUCCUACAUGAACCAGUCCUAUGGAAUGGAUAGUCACAGUGGAGGUGGUGGAGGUAGCAGGUUUGGACCUUAUGAGUCUUACGACUCCGGGUCUUCUCUGGGUGGGCGAGAUCUGUACAGAUCUGGCUAUGGUUUUAAUGAACCCGAACAAAGCCGCUUCGGAGGUAGUUAUGGUGGUCGAUUUGAGAGCUCCUACCGGAAUAGCCUUGACUCUUUCGGAGGUAGAAACCAGGGCGGGUCUAGCUGGGAUGCACCUUACUCCCGUUCAAAAUUGAGGCCUGGGUUUAUGGAGGACAGAGGAAGAGAGAGUUACUCUUCCUACAGCAGUUUUUCUUCACCCCAUAUGAAGCCUGCACCUGUAGGCUCUCGGGGGAGAGGAACGCCUGCUUAUCCCGAAAAUACGUUUGGAAGCAGAAACUAUGAUGCUUUUGGAGGACCAUCAACAGGCAGAGGCCGAGGCCGAGGACAUAUGGGAGAUUUUGGUGGCAUGCAUAGACCCGGAAUUGUUGUAGACUAUCAUAACAAACCCAGUAAUGCAGCAGUUGCUGCAAGAGGAAUAAAAAGAAAAAUGAUGCAACCGUUUAAUAAGCCCGGAGGAACAUUUAUCAAGAAACCCAAGCUGACGAAACCUAUUGAGAAGAUAAACCAGAAAAAAUCACCUACCAAAACAGAUGCCAAAAGCGAAGAGGAAGAGAAACGGCGUAUUGAGGCAAGAAGAGAGAAACAACGACGUAGAAGAGAGAAAAACAGUGAGAAGUAUGGGGAUGGAUACAGAAUGGCAUUCACAUGCUCGUUUUGUAAAUUUCGGACAUUUGAGGAAAAAGACAUUGAAGUUCAUCUUGAAAGUCCAUCACACCAGGAAACACUAGAUCAUAUUCAGAAACAAACAAAAUUUGAUAAAGUAGUCAUGGAAUUCUUGCAUGAAUGUAUGGUGAAUAAAUUCAAGAAAACAUCAAUGCGCAAGCAGCAAACAAAUAAUCAAGCCGAAGCGGUUAAAGUUGUUGAAAAAGAUGUAAUGGAAGGUGUCACAGCAGAUGACCACAUGAUGAAAGUAGAGACUGUACAUUGCAGUGCUUGCAGUGUUUACGUUCCUGCCUUACACAGUUCUGUUCAACAGCACUUAAAAUCUCCUGAUCAUGCCAAGGGAAAGCAAGCCUAUAGGGAGCAAAUAAAAAGGGAGAGCGUACUGACCGCUACUAGCAUCUUGAAUAAUCCAAUUGUGAAGGCACGAUAUGAACUUUAUGUUAAGGGUGAAAAUCCUUUUGAAGCUCCAGAUCAAUCUCAGGAGCAGCAAACGGAGGGAGAUGAAGAAGAGGAAAAGGCUGAAGAACCAGUUGAAGAGGAGGAGGAGGAGGAGGAAGAGGAAGAGGAGGAGGAAGAAGAAGAAGGGGUAGAGGGGGUAGAGGGAGUGGAAGAAGGGGUGGAAGAGCAAACUGACUUCACUGUAGAUCAGACUGAUGAAAACUGAAGAGUUAGUCAAUUAAUGAAUUGUAACAGCCUUUAAUUUCUAUCUUCAAGUGUAAGACUCCUUAAGAGCUUGAAUCACGAGUGUUUAACACCCCUGUGCAUGCAUUCCAUUAUGUUAAAAAUUUGUUUAUAAUUUCUAAAUGUUUUGCUUUCGUUUAAAAGGAGAUGAAGGUAAUUCUAUUUUAGUUGAGCUUUUAUAGCAACCAAACUUAGAUUUGAUUAGAAAUUGUAAAAUUUUUAAGCUUACUUUUUACUUGGUGUUGAGAAUAACGGAUGUGUAGAAUUAGUGUGUCAACUCUAAUCAUUUGAAUUAAAACAUAGCUCAUGGGGGUAAAUAUUCCGAGUGUGUGAGCUUUUUGAAUAAUAGUUCUGAAUAUUAGAAUGACGAAGAACUUUGUGCUGUAAGUCUGGCUUUUUUGACUGCAUCGCACACUGUAUAGUUUGUGUUAUGACCUGCUCAUAGCUUAUCGUGACUAUAUGCCAAUAAAACUUUUUUUUAGUAAGCA